UGGACAAUAUUCUGUUGUUGAGUUCUCAUCAAUCCAGUACUCUUUUCAUGAUCUUCAUCCAUCCAUCUAGGGUUUUCAGAAUUCCCCCAAAUCAAUCAAUGCGUUUCUGAAUGCAUCUCAAAACGACGCAGCAUAAGAUCUCGAUUCCUCAUCCAUAGCAGUUCGAUUCGCCAAACCCCAAUAUCCCCACAUUACAGCAUCUUCGACAGGUUGUUCACAUAAUAGUUGGCUGGAGGUGGAAAGCAAAAAAGAAAAUAUAAUCUACAAGAGAUUUCGCAUCCAAGGGAUGGCUGCAAUGUUGGAUUCUAAAGAAAUUAUGGAUCUCAAAUCUUACCAGAACCAGGCUAAUAUCUUCGUGAAGGAGUAUAUACUAGCAGACUCUCUGGUUCCGUACACUUCUGUUAUUGGUGGCAUUUUUGCUUGCAAAAUGGUCUACGAUCUUAUUCAUGUUAUUGGUACUAAUUACUUUAAGAGCUAUUCCAGCUUUGCAAAACUCCAACGUAUUGAGUGGAAUAACCGAGCUAUAUCAACUAUCCAUGCCAUUUUCAUAACAGCUAUGGCAUUACACUACGUUUUUUGCUCAGAUCUAUUUGCUGACGACCAGUCUACUGAACUUAUUACACUUCGAAACUCUUCAUUGUCAACGUUUACAUUGGGGGUUUCUGUUGGUUACUUCAUUGCUGAUCUAGGGAUGAUAUUUUGGUUUUUUCCUUCUCUUGGUGGAUAUGAGUAUGUGAUUCACCAUCUGUUUUCUUUAGUAGCAGUAGCUUAUUCAAUGUUGAGUGGGGAAGGACAGCUUUACACCUACAUGGUUCUGAUCUCUGAGACAACUACUCCAGGAAUCAAUUUGAGAUGGUAUCUUGAUGUAGCAGGAAUGAAAAGGUCCAAAGCUUAUCUCAUCAAUGGGGUUGUAAUAUUCCUUUCUUGGCUGGUUGCCAGAAUACUUCUGUUCAUUUACAUGUUCUACCACGUCUACUUGCACUUUGAUCAGGUUGAGCAGAUGCACACCUUUGGGCGGAUAUUAGUAAUUGUUGUGCCAUUGGUGCUAUCAGUUAUGAACUUGGUUUGGUUUUCAAAGAUCAUCAAAGGCUUGAGGAAAACGUUGGCAAAGAGGCAGUAAAUGAUUGCUCAGUACAACUUUUUGAAGGAAAUGUGUAGAUAACCCUGUUGAUAUUAGUCUCAACUUGCGGUGCACUGAAAGAUGCAAUAGUUUCCAUUAUAUGAUUUUACAUUGUUCUGGUCCCUUUAGGAUCUGAACAUACUGUAUAAAUCUGUUAAAUAUGAGAGGGAAUCCACUUCGAGAGUCAGUUUUUAACUUUAUACUAAACUAGCAUCACAUUCACACCUGUCCAUCGCAUGGGUACUAGAUUUAUUCAUUCAAUUCAAUUUUUCAUGUGUAAUUUUCUACAAAGAUGACAUCAAUUUUAUUUCCCAGUGUAAAGAAACAAGAAGAAUAUUCAAUUUACUCUGCACCCUGUAAGCAAGUGAACUUGAAAUUAAGUUAGGUGUGCAAAUGAGAACAUUCAAUUUUUGUAUCAA